CUUACAUUAUCGGUUCAUACAGAUACAGACCAAAUAAUUACCUGCCAUCAUUGGCGUCAAUAGACAAAUGGGCAUCGCACGUUUUUUAUCGGUUGAAUAGCUAUUGUCACAAACUUCGUGUGAAAAUCGCUUUCGUAUGUUGGUACGUACCGUGUUUUUUAAUAAGUGAGAUUUUUCCCGUGUUCAUUCGACCGCGCAAUUUGGUGCUCUGGUAGCCGAUACGUGAUUUGCAAACACAAUCGACUAUAUCGCCGAGAGGUUUGCAGAGAGAAACCGAAAUGGAGGAGAACGUUAUCAGCAUGUUUAUGGACGUGAAACUGGACAUCCGAGAGCGGAAGUUGGAGUUCUCCCAUCUUAAGUCUUGGACACGUUAUUUCGUUCGUGUGGAAGCCGUCAAAUGUUUCCCGUGCUAUAUAAAGAUUUCAUUCUUCAAAUCACACAAUGAAGACAGUACCGAUUUGAUUGUUCGGAUCAAUAUUCCGGGCUUGACUGUUCAGAUGGCAACUUCUCGCACUCGAGCGCACAUAUACGGCCUGUUUUGGAAGAACAAUCGAAAACGUUGCUGUGCAUAUUUUGCUCUUCCUUCCCAAUUACUGUGCGAGCGCCAUUUACGCUGGAUGAAAAAAUCGAUCCGCAACUUGGAGCUGUACCGACAAGAAAUUUUACAGUUGCGACGAGCAAGUCGAACGCCAAUGCAUGAAAUUAGACAGGAAAUUCAACCGGAUCCAGCCAAUAACGAUCUUGGCAUAUAUCAGAAUCUCGACAUUACACAGAAUAUGGCCGAUGUGCACGAUAUUCUUGGCCCGCUACCGAAUGUUCCCGAUCAGUUCAAUAACAUAUCCCGACGAAUCUCAAGCAUAUCUGGAAUUUACGAAGAAAUUUUCGACCCCACCAGGUCUUCCGCCGCUUUUGCAAGUGGUCCUCGCAUGUCGAUCGCUUCCGGUAUCUACGAAGAGAUGAAACUCACCGAUCGUGAAGAGCUGAUUGAAAAAAACAUCGAGAUAGUUGAUGCAAAAAGCGAUGAUAAUGCUCCGCCCUUACCUCCUAGACCAAGGUCUCACACAAACGAAUUUGAGUUACAACGAUCAUUUACCACUCCGGAGGUGGAUUUCAUGAAAAAGAAGAAACAUUGGCCAUUGUUUGAAUCAAUGUUCGGUAGACGUAGAACUAACAGUGGAUCGGCCAGUAUUCCUACAAGUGAAAUGAAGACUAACAAAAAGGGAUCUCCGUCCAGUAAAGUACCAUCAACGGGAAAUCCAAAAGUUAUCUACCGCGAAAAGAUCACACAACUUCGACUGAUGAAAAAUAAAAGAAACAGUUUUUCCAGUCCCGAUUUAAGUCUACUAAAAGUGGAGUGUGAAACCGGUAGCCGAGAACUAGCGACGGACAAUCUUUCCGAUGAAGGGUCAUGCAGCUCGGAAUUUUAUAUUAAAAAUGAGGUGGACUACAUCGAGGAGGAUUGUUUUGUAUCGUCAGAAUUUUUGAAUCGUUCAUCGAUAGAAGAAUCAAUGAGUAAUUUACUGAUAACAGGAAACAACGAUAAUACAGUCGAGGUAAAGGCAAUGAAUGUAUCGGAACAGAUCGUUGAAAAUUUCAACAGUUCAUGUAACACAUCAACAGUAAACCUUGUCGGGUUCAACUGUACAAUGGCACCAAAAGAAUACAUACCGUCUCCUCUAGUUGAAUCCGUACCGGUUGGUUACUGCGAAAUGGGAGCACCUGGUACUGGGUUCAACCGGCUUAAACUAAACGCUCUUGAACUGUCCAGUAACAUUGAAACCGGAGCCGAAAAAGUGAAUUCUAUUUAUAUGAACAUGAACAGCAAUGCGAUCAAAGCGGAGACGAGUCGAUCAAGUUCAACUAGUAGUGGAGUUAGCAGCAUUAACAGCAAUCGAAGCAGUAUUUGUAGUUCUGGUAAACCACGAAACUCAGUUGAUGAUAAAAUAUCCUCGUAUUACCCUAAUGAAGACUUUCGAUCUGCACAACGAAGCGAAAAAAGUCCCAUUUCUAGCAAAAGUCCACGAAAACGUGAAGAAAGCACUACGAAAUCUGACCAACGCAUUGAAGGCCAUUAUGUCACUAUGUCAUCGUCUAAAACCUCCCAUCGAAAGUGUACUCAAGUCAGAUCUUCCACAUCACGCUACAGUAAAUCACCCCAGAAAUCUCCCUGUACUAGAUUGAAACAAAAUGCCAAGAGUACCACCGUCGAUCAACCUGAUCCACCAAUCUCUGCAUUGACCGUGAGUGACAUCUCGCCUACGAAAAAUAGUGAAAAUAAUCCACCGGAAACGACACCGACGCGUUAUCAAAAAUAUGCCACUAUUGCACGAAGCCUUUCUCCGUCUUCUAGUAAAUAUCAGGAAAAAAACUCCAGUAAUAAGCGGUUCGGAUCUUUGCCUCGUUUCGGGAAAAUUGACCUCUCUCCUUUACGACUUAAAAUCAACAGCGUAUUGCAACGCCAUACUCUGGAAAAUCUGUGAGAGAAAACUAGGCUCCAUUGCCCACCGCGAUCGUCACAACAAAAACGGUUCUAAAAUAUUGCAAUAUUUUUAACUAUUAUUUAGGCAAACGUUGAGUGCUCAAUUCCCAAGCUUAGCUUUAUUAAAGUACAUGUCUCGAACUGAAAUGUUAUUUUUGUUUCAAACAUUUCCAGGCAGUGAUAAUUGAUAUUUCGUUCGGCAAAUGUUGUUAAAAAAUAUCCAUUGACGAAUCAUUACAACCACUUAAAAAUACUAUUAGAUUAGCUUAGCUUUCCGCCUUCAUCGUUGGUUUUCUAUUGGAAAUUGCAUCACUUUUAAUUAAUAAUAAAUAUAUAAAGUUAGAAUACGAUUGUAAGCUAAAUUAUUUCAUCUGCUAUUGAAUAUUGGGAUGCAACAGUUACUGUGAUCUGAGCAAAAAGGUACAACUACGAAACCAUCGAAGCAGAAUCUCAAUUAAGAACAGAGCCUUAUGCGUAACAUUAGAAAAAAAAAAUUGUUGUCGAAAAUCGGAGUUAUUUCGAGUUUUAGAUAGUAUUUAUGCAACAGGUUCGAUGUUCUGUUUGGACACAAUACUGAAUCAAAUAUACAUCGCAUAUCAAUUAGGUAUUAGCUUCUGCAUUAGUGAAUGAUGAAACAUUUAUUCUAGUUAAGAAACAUAUGCUGGCGCUUUUUAUUAUCUGUAAAUCUACUGAUGCUAUUGUGAUUAAACUAACAAUGUAAAACGUACAAAAAACUACACAGAAAUAAAAACAAAAUAUUCAAUACAA